AAAAGGAAAAACUUACAAGAAGAAAAAGACGAAGGGGGAGGGGCUUCGAUAUGGAUUUCAAUGGCGUAUAGUUUGGUCGAGAGAUACGACGUAUAAAAGAUUUCGGAGCCCCCCGCAGACAGACAACCAGUCGAGCAAGUCGAGUGAGCUAGUUGGAAUGCUAAUCUUACAUUUUCACGCGGAAAAUCCGAACUAAGUCGAGACUACAGAAAAAAAAAACGUGAAGAAGGAAUAAAUAGCGAAUACUUGUUUGGGUCGAAAACAAAAAGGCAUUAGUAGUAAGCUUUCUUCUACAUGCAAGGAGCUAGUCAAUCAAGGGUCGCAUUGUUCUGUCAAAAUAGACGACUUCCAUUAAUCCGUCCAUACUGAUAGGGUGUGUCCUAUUUUCCUAUUUCAAACGUGCAUAAGGCCGGCGAUAAAAAGAGAAUUCUGAAAUUCCGUUCAUUAAGGAAUUGAUUUUACCGAGGGAAAAAAAAAUAUAUUGCAAAGCAAUUUUAAACAGUUGAAAAGCGAUCGAACUGGGGUUUCUUUUGAUAUGCACAGUACACGGAAUAUGCAUCCCUACAAUCGAAUCUCGCCCUUCUUUUGUAGAGUAAAUGAAAUUCUUUUUCUCCGCUGGUUGACUGUUACUAUUACAAUGCUACUACCAUGCAUAGUGGCAUAACAACGUAGCUUCGUAGGCUAUGGCGUGAAUGGAGCGCGUGCCCUAUCUCGACCCUCACGUCAAGAAGAUAAAAAAAAAGUCGUAGAAGCCCAUUGAAGAGUAAAGCAGCAGCAGCAGCAUUUUAUACCGAACUGAAAAUUGUCGUAUACGAGAUGACUAAAGUUGUUGGCCUGCCGAACAUCAAGGGCAGCAGCACAGUGAAGUUAGUCUUCUGCAUAUUUCCAUAAAGAAAGUUGGGCAGCUCUAUCGUAAUGCUGCUAUACUGGGUGUGUGUUGAGAGGCUGAGAAGAGGAUCCUUUCUUUAUUCUCUCUUUUUCAUCUAUGUCCCUCUUCUUCCUCUUCUUCUUCUUAUGGCUAUGUAGUCAGGUCACUUGACGAUGCGAAGGGACACUGCAACACAAAAGAAGACGGCAAACUCGAUUCGCUCUCAAUUCCGUCAGCGAGUGUGGAAGGGACGUGAUCAAGUCGAUUUUAGCGACAACAACCGAAAAAGGGCGCAAACGAAAAAUGGAAAACUAAUAAUAAUGCGUGUACAUGAUGUUUCUUUUUCACAUUUUCAAAUCAAACAGCAAAAGUUAUAUUUCUAAAAAAGGGAAAAAGAUUUGGAAAAAUCCUAAAAUAUAACCAUUCCAAUUUGGAUUUUUAUGAUUUGUGCUAGCGCAAUUGUUGAGCCCGAACUAGCUACUAUAUUGGCCCAAUUCAUCGUAGGUUACGCAUUAAUGAAUGCACGCCACUUUGCUGACUACGUUAUAAUAAAGUCGUGAAUUUUUGCUGUUGCCGCUGCCAUGGCGCGUGCCUCAUUCUUCAUCCUAUUGUGAACUCUUCGAGUUUCUUUGUGUGCGUGUGUCUCUCAAGAGUUUUCACUUCGCUAUUAAAGCUGAUCACGAUAAAGUUUGUUGUUUUUUUUUACUUGACCCCUCCCCCUCCCUACACACAUUCUCCCGUUUUUAUCAUGUUCCACCAAUCACCCCUAGCUUUGUCCUUAAAAAGCUUUUUUUUUUUCAUUCGAUAUUGUUGAUUUCCUUUCUGUGAUAUUUGAGUUUGAAUCCUAGCGAGACACACAUGCUGAUGAUGAGCACGUCAUUUCGAAAUGCAUUUCCGGAGAAUAUGGUGUAUAAUAUCAAGAGAGAAACAGGAUCGAGUCAUAUACAGCACUGGUAUAUCCAAACGGAAUUGUGCGCGCUCCAGGGGGUGGACAUAAAAAACUCCGGGACGGCCAACAGCAGCUGGCCAUAACGAACCGUAAUCAGUGUUUGGAUGGCUUGAGCGCGUGGAGGUGAAUCAAGAAAAAGCCAGUGCAUGUACAUAUAUUUUUUUCUUUUUCUGUUCCUACUGAGAGUGUGUCGAAAGAUUCAAUUUUCGAAGUCACUUGACUGGAGCAGACACGUGCUGGCCAUCAGCUACUUGAGAUAUAACGAAGUAGACUAUGCUCCGGCCUUCCAGAUCGUCUUUUUCCCGCUCGUCAACCGGCGAAACGCGAAAAUUUGAGCUUGACACAGUUAGGUUAACCAGCAGGGACGUUAUUGUUAGGGCUUAUUAUAUUAAUCAAGUGCAAAUCGGUGCAGUGCGUGACAGUGUGUCGCAAUGUUGAUUGGCGUCUGGCGUGAUGCGCGCCGGUCUCAGAGUAGUCGUCCCGCUCGCAAGCGGCUCCCUCUAUCCAUCGAACCUGGCGAGCCGCUCAUUCUGGUCAUAUCGUCGAGUGAAAACGUUCACUCCCGCAACAGCAUAGAACAGCUAGAACUGGCGCACGAGCUGCAGAUAGUUUUCAGACAUGGUGACGGGCGCAAGCCUUUUCCGCCGCGUCGUGCAACCAUGAGCCGAUGCGUGCGCUCGUUCGUUGUCUUCUUCGUCUUUAAUUUUGCACUCGCCUUGUGCUUGUUACCGCAAGGGUCACGAACUUUGGCUAAUGACCAGCUGUCCUCUUCAUCGUUAGUUUCGGAUAGUGCUGUGUCGGAUGAUGGAUUCGUGCAAGGCUGGGACAGGAGAUUAGCCUCUGGUGGGUCUUCAUUGUCGCCGAGUUCAAGGGCCUCAUCGCCUGUUCCACUAAUGGACAAUUCAACCUUGAAAGAGGCAAGUGACCCCUAUGCCGAUAAACGACCUGACCGGAAUGUUACCUUACUACCCAUUUUGGCGCUGCUCGAUUUAUCCUCCAUGGAGGUGAACCGAGGUCAUUGGGAUGGCGACAGCAGCAUCGAUGGCACCUCAUUGUUGAAAACGGCUCAAACGGCCGUAGCUCACGUCAACGCCCGUCAACUGAUACCUGGUUUCCACCUUCAGUUACUAGUCAAUGACUCCAGGUGCGAUUCGGGAGCGGGAGUCGACGCCUUCUUUCACGCCAUUUACACGACUAAGGACUUUUCUUCAUCUUCGUCGAGCAGCACGAAGACAAAAUCAAAGCCCACGACGAGUGUUGGACGUCCAUUCGUUAUGCUUCUAGGGCCACAUUGUUCACACGUUACCGAAAGCGUUGCCAGCGUCACCUCCUACUGGAACAUCGUUCAGAUAUCGCACGCAGCCACGUCGGCUGGAUUGAGUGAUCGCCAGAAAUUUCCAUUCUUCUUCCGGACGGUGGCCGUCGAGUCAGCCCACAACGCCGCUCGACUCGCCUUUUUGCGCCACUUUCGCUGGGACAGCGUAUCGUUUCUCGUCCAGAACGAAGACGAUUAUUCAUUGGUGAUCAACGACUUGAGCGCACUGCUAGAGGACGCCAAUACGUCGGUGUCGAACAGCUUGACCUUCGCUCCCGACGAAUUGACGGAUACGCUUGAAAUUCUCCAAGCUCGCGAUGCCCGCAUUAUCAUCGGCAGUUUCGCCCCGUCCAUGGCGCUCCCAAUCUUCUGUGAGGUUCACCGCCGAAACCUUUACGGCGCCGAUCACGUAUGGAUCCUUCCGGGCUCUGUUUUCAGAUCAGAUCGAUGGUUGGAGCAGUUGCAACACCAGCACGCUAUUGAGUUGUCUAACGGCACCUCUUGCGAUAGUCGAUUCAGCAAAAAGGAUUUGAUGGCUGUUAUCGAGGGCAAUUUCUUCAUGCGAACGUACUCGCACCCUGUCAAUACCACCGAGGCUUUCUUUCCAUCCUUUCAAAUUCCUACCAUCACGAGCGACGAAUUUCACGGCGAGAUUUACGACGCAAUUUGGACGAUGGCGCUAGCCCUUCGUGAGCUGCAGGUUGACUACGUCCGUCAACCGGCCAAAGAAAGGCCGUCCUUGGCCAACUUCAAUUACGGUCGUAAGGAUAUGGCUGAACAGCUGAUGGCCAAGAUAUCAUCCCUCCGUUUUCAAGGCGCCUCAGGUCUCGUGUCGUUCUCGGGAGCCGAUCGAAUUGGAACGACGUCCUUGUUUCAAAUCCAAAAGGGCGUGGCAAGACAGAUCGGACUCUUCCAUCCGGACAUGGGACUGGAAUUGAAUGGCAGCUGGCCGGUCAUGUGGCCACUAGGUCAGCCGCCAGUUGCCACUCGCAUCAUCAAAUAUCGCAUAGAUACCAUAGCACCCACUGCGUUUUAUACGAUGACUUUGCUAGCUAGCCUUGGAAUCGUCUUUGCUCUCAUUUGCUUGUCGUUCAACCUGGUCAAAAGGAAGCUCAAGUAUAUCAAACUCUCGAGUCCUAAGUUGAACAACAUGGCCAUCGUUGGCUCGUGCCUCAUUUACGGUGCUGUGAUCCUGCUGGGUGUCGAUCACGCUACGCUCGUACACGACACAGGUUUUCCCUUUGUCUGUAUGGGUCGAGCUUAUUUCCUAUCGGCGGGAUUCUCACUCGCCUUCGGUGCUAUGUUCACAAAGACUUUCCGCGUCCAUCGCAUUUUUAGCAUGCGCAACAGCCUUCUCAAAAACAAGCUUUUGGCUGACACCCAGUUGAUUGGCCUCAUUCUGGUAUUACUUUUAAUGGACACGUUAGUCAUAGGACUCUGGGUAGCAUUGGACCCAUUCGAGAGGCAUCUCUACAAUCUCGUUAGGGUUGUCAGCUCAUUAGAUCGUAGUGUCGUCUAUCAGCCUCAGGUAGAAGUGUGUCGUUCCAACAGGUCUUCCAUGUGGUUGGGAAUCCUCUACGUCAAAAAAGGGCUACUUCUAAUCGCUGGAGUUUACAUGGCCUGGGAAACGAGGAAAGUUGCAAUUCCGGCGCUCAACGAUUCACCCUACAUCGGCAUGAAUGUGUAUAACGUGGUAUUGACUAGUAUUAUUGUCGUUUUUUGCGAUUCCUUGUUAUCCGACCGGACGACGAUCAACUAUUUAGUGGUGGCGACGCUCAUUUUGACCUCCACUACUACCGCGCUUUGCCUUCUAUUUUUACCCAAAUUUCACGCCGUUUGGCGACAAUCACGGGACGGCGUUCCUAUAGAUCCAAUAUGUCACGGAACGGGGCUGAAAUUAGAGUUUAAUACUAGACGGAUGGUUGUUGACGACCGGAAGGAAUUGUUGACUCGAGCUGAGAUCAUGAAUCGGGUUUACUUGCGCGACAUCGCCAAGUUAGAUGCGGAAAUUCAGCGGCUCGAUCGCAUUUUAGCCAAAGAAUUCAAUUCGAGCGUCUCGACUCUUGAUGAUUACAGCUCAGCGAUUCAAGCGGAAGUGACGCAACUAUAUGCCAUGUUGGAACAAGAUCAAGAUCCGACAGUCAACGUCCGCCCGCCCGUGACAACAUGGGAUCUACCCAACUACUUCAACAAACUGGUUUCGAGGAGUUGCGUAUCUCUGGGCGAUUCACAUCAGGUGAACACGAAUUCAACAAAGACUAAACACCGUGGAAACAAGGGUUCUACAACUGUCGGUUGGGGCUCAGCGUCUUGCUUAAACUGCAGUAGGAACGAUGUACAGACCAAACCUGCAAACAGCAGAAGUUGUAACGUUGGAAUAAAAAACCAUCAAAGCUCGUUGGUCACCUUGCUGAACUUGGCUGUGGACAGCUGCGGUUACGAAACCAUUUAUCAACUGGUCGAUAGAAGUCUGUUGCUUGUUGAGGAAGAUGUUGACAUUCGAGGCACUGUAAGUAUGGCUCAAACAUUUGUAGAAGAAUCGGCUGAUAUCAACAGCAGUCAGGAGUCGGACGACGAAUCAGCCAGUCAAGAAGUAAUCGUAUCAUUUCAAUGGUGAAAUUUAUAUUCAACUGUAAAACAAAUGGUUCAAUCGUCUAAUUAUUCUGGCCGCAAACCGUCCGGAAUCGCGAUCUCAUCAUAAUCUGAAAUUGUUAAAUAAUGAAAUAUCUUAAUUUUUCAAAACCGUAAAAAAAAAAAAAGAGUAAAAUUCAUUUUCUGAUGGAUGGAUUAUUGUUUCGUUGUGAAAUCCAACAGAUCAAUCGACCAAUAAAUAUACCGCACGUCUUU